AUGUCUUGGGCGGGCUUCAAGAAAAAUGUCAACCGUGCUACGACGCAGGUGAUGAUGAAGACGGGACAUGUGGAGAGAACGAACGAUCGCGACUAUGAGAUUGAGGAGCGGCGGUACCGGACUAUGGAGGCGGCUGCAAACCGCCUACAGAAGGAAGCAAAGGGAUACUUGGACUCACUGCGAGCAAUGACGGCUUCGCAGAUGCGAAUUGCAGAGACGAUUGACGCUUUCUACGGCGACGCCGGCGCUAAAGAUGGUGUGAGCAGGAGCUACAAACAGGCAGUUGAGGAUCUGGACGCCGAGACGAUCAAAGCGCUAGACGGACCUUACAGAUCUACUGUUCUCGAGCCGAUAUCCCGUUUUUGUGCAUACUUCCCUGACGUCAACGAGUGCAUCAAGAAGAGAAACAACAAGCUACUCGACUACGACGCCAUGAGAGCCAAGGUGAAGAAACUGGUCGAGAAGCCGGACAAGGACGCCACCAAGUUGCCGCGUACGGAGCGCGAGUUGGAGAUGGCCAAGCAGGCAUAUGAACAGUUGAACGAGCAACUGUUUACCGAACUUCCUCAACUCAUCGAUCUGCGCGUUCCGUACCUCGACCCCAGUUUUGAAGCUCUGGUCAAAAUCCAAUUACGUUUCUGCGCAGAAGCGUACUCCCGAAUGGCGCAAGUACAGCAAUACCUCGACGCGGAGACAAGAGACCAGUACGCUCGCGGCGAUCUGGACAACAGGGUGGAAGAGGUUCUGCAGGAGAUUCGGGACUUGAGCAUAGCGGGUACUGUUUAA